CCCCCCACCCCGCCAGCCCCCCGACCCCGGCCCGCGCCGCCUCCUUGCCGCCGCCCGCGUCGCCGCUGGGACCCGCUGCGGGCGCGGGGACCCGGCGGGCGGGGAAGCGCGGGCCCCCGGCGAGGCCUGGAAGGAGCGAGAAAGCAAAAGCGCUCCUGAUCGCGCAGAGCUGAAGGAAUGAGAAGGAGUCAUGGAAGCCCAGUCCCACAGCUCCACGACCACUGAGAAGAAGAAAGUGGAGAAUUCCAUAGUGAAAUGCUCCACCCGAGCAGAUGUCAGCGAGAAAGCCGUGGCCUCCAGCACCACUUCCAAUGAGGAUGAAAGUCCUGGACAGACGUAUCACCGAGAGCGAAGAAACGCGGUCGCCAUGCAGCCACAGAGCGUCCAGGGGCUCGGCAAGGUCAGCGAGGAGCCCUCGACUUCCAGCGACGAGAGGGCCUCGCUGAUCAAGAAGGAGAUCCAUGGGUCCCUGCCGCACCUGGCCGAGCCCUCCGUCCCGUACCGCGGGGCCGUGUUUGCCAUGGACCCCCGGAACGGCUACAUGGAGCCUCACUACCACCCUCCCCAUCUCUUCCCUGCUUUCCAUCCUCCGGUCCCCAUCGACGCGAGACACCACGAGGGCCGUUACCAUUACGAUCCGUCUCCGAUUCCUCCGUUGCACGUGCCUUCUGCCUUGUCCAGCAGCCCCGCGUAUUCAGACCUGCCCUUGUUCAGGAUCUCCCCGCAUCGGAACCCCGCCGCAGCUUCCGAGUCCCCCUUCAGCCCGCCGCACCCCUACGUCAACCCUUACAUGGACUACAUCCGGUCUCUGCACAGCAGCCCGUCCCUGUCCAUGAUCUCGGCCGCCCGCGGGCUGAGCCCCACAGACGCCCCCCACGCUGGAGUCAGCCCAGCGGAAUACUAUCACCAGAUGGCUCUGUUGGCCGGCCAGCGCAGCCCCUACGCAGACAUCAUCCCCUCCGCUGCCACCGCCGGCGCCGGGGCCAUACACAUGGAGUAUCUCCACGCCAUGGAUGGCACCAGAUUCCCCAGCCCCAGGCUGUCAGCCAGGCCGAGCCGAAAACGCACACUGUCCAUAUCACCGCUGUCGGAUCAUAGCUUUGACCUUCAGACCAUGAUAAGGACGUCUCCCAACUCCUUGGUCACGAUUCUCAAUAAUUCCCGCAGCAGCUCUUCAGCAAGUGGCUCCUAUGGCCACUUAUCUGCAAGUGCAAUCAGCCCCGCCCUGAGCUUCACCUACCCUUCUGCGCCCGUCUCGCUCCACAUGCAUCAGCAGAUCUUGAGCCGGCAGCAGAGCUUAGGCUCUGCCUUUGGACACAGCCCGCCGCUCAUCCACCCCGCCCCAACCUUCCCGACCCAGAGGCCCAUUCCCGGGAUCCCCACGGUCCUGAAUCCCGUCCAGGUCAGCUCCGGCCCUUCCGAGUCCUCCCAGAGCAAGCCCACGAGUGAGUCUGCGGUGAGCAGCACCGGCGACCUCGUGCACAACAAACGCUCCAAGAUUAAGCCCGACGAAGACCUCCCGAGCCCGGGGCCGCGGGGCCCGCAGGAGCAGCCAGAAGGGACGACCCUGGUGAAAGAGGAAGGGGACAAGGACGAAAGCAAACAGGAGCCUGAAGUCAUCUACGAGACAAACUGCCAUUGGGAAGGCUGCUCGCGGGAGUUCGACACCCAGGAGCAGCUGGUGCAUCAUAUAAAUAACGACCAUAUCCAUGGAGAGAAGAAGGAGUUUGUGUGCCGGUGGCUGGAUUGCUCGAGGGAGCAGAAGCCCUUCAAAGCCCAGUACAUGCUUGUGGUACAUAUGCGAAGGCACACGGGCGAGAAGCCUCACAAAUGCACUUUUGAAGGUUGCACAAAGGCCUACUCGAGACUAGAAAACUUGAAAACACACUUGAGAUCUCACACCGGAGAGAAACCGUACGUCUGUGAACACGAGGGCUGCAACAAGGCUUUCUCGAACGCCUCUGAUCGCGCCAAGCACCAAAACAGGACACACUCCAACGAGAAACCGUACGUGUGUAAGAUCCCCGGCUGCACCAAGCGCUACACGGACCCCAGCUCCCUCCGCAAACACGUGAAGACGGUGCACGGCCCGGAGGCGCAUGUCACCAAGAAGCAGCGCGGGGACGUGCACCCCCGGCCCCCACCCCCGCGAGACUCCGGCGGCCACUCGCAGGCCAGGUCACCGGGCCGGCCGACGCAGGGGGCCCUCGGGGAGCAGAAGGACCUCAGCAGCACUACCUCAAAGCGGGAAGAAUGCCUCCAAGUGAAAGCCGUCAAGGCGGAGAAGCCCAUGACAUCUCAGCCAAGCCCUGGUGGUCAGUCUUCAUGCAGCAGCCAACAGUCCCCCAUCAGCAACUAUUCCAACAGUGGCCUCGAGCUUCCUCUGACCGAUGGAGGUGCUGUGGGCGACCUCAGCGCCAUCGAUGAAACCCCCAUCAUGGACUCGACCAUUUCCACGGCAACCACAGCCCUGGCUUUGCAAGCCCGGAGGAACCCGGCAGGGACCAAAUGGAUGGAGCAUGUCAAACUGGAAAGGCUCAAACAAGUGAACGGACUGCUUCCACGACUGAACCCCAUUCCACCCCCCAAAGCCCCUGUGGUCUCUCCUCUCACAGGACACAGCACGCUGCCGGGCACCAGCUGCAGUCUGGGCGGGCCCGCGCCCCUUCUCCCGAACAGAAGCGACCUUUCGGGCGUGGACCUCACCGUGCUGAACGUGCUCGACCGGAGAGACAGCAGCACCAGCACCGUCAGCUCCGCCUACCUGAGCAGCCGCCGCUCCUCCGGCAUCUCCCCCUGCUUCUCCAGCCGCAGGUCCAGCGAGGCGUCCCAGGCCGAGGGCCGGCCCCAGAACGUGAGCGUGGCCGACUCCUACGACCCCAUCUCCACCGACGCCUCGCGCAGGUCCAGCGAGGCCAGCCAGGGCGACGGCCUGCCCGGUCUGCUCAGCCUCACCCCCGCCCAGCAGUACCGCCUGAAAGCCAAGUAUGCCGCCGCCACGGGCGGCCCGCCGCCCACCCCGCUGCCCAACAUGGAGAGGAUGAGCCUCAAGACCAGGAUGGCCCUGCUGGGCGAAGGCAGGGAGCCCGCGGGGACGCUGCCUCCCGUGCACCCUCCCCGGAGGUGCAGCGACGGCGGGGCCCACGGUCACAGCCGGCGCCCCCUGCUGCCCCAGGACGCGCUGGGCAUCGGCGUGAGAAGGGCCAGCGACCCGGUGAGGACCGUCUCCGAGAGCCUCUCCCUGCCCCGGGGGCAGCGGUUCAACAGCCUCCACAGCUUCAACCCCCCGGGCUUGGCGCCCGCCCUGGAAAAGCGCCACCUGGUGCUGCAGAACUACACGCGGCCCGAGGGGGGCCCGGCCCGCCACUUCCGUGCGUCUCCCUGUCCCCCGAGCAUUAGCGAGAAUGUCACCAUGGAGUCCCUGACCCUGGGCGCCACCGUGGACCUGAACGAUGAGGAUCUCCUGCCUGACGACGUGGUGCAGUAUUUACAUUCCCAGAACCAAGCAGGGUACGAGCAGCCCUUCCCCAGCGCCCUCUCCGACGACGGCAAAGUGCCCCACGGGCCCAGCUUGGGGAGCGGGCCCCACGACUUUGACCCACUCGGGCUGCCCGACAGCCACGCCGGCCACACCGGCCAGCAGUACCGGGGGCUGGAGCCGCCCUGCACGGAUGCCAGUAAACCCGACCUGCCGAUCCAGUGGAACGAAGUCAGCUCGGGCAGCGCCGACCUGUCCUCCUCCAAGCUGAAGUGCGGCCAGCGCCCUGCGGCGCAGCAGGCCCGAGCCUUCGGGCUGUACAGCAGCACGGGCGUCCACCCGCAGAAUUCCCUGAGGAGCGGGGCUGGCCCGGCGGGGGGGUAUCCGACCCUUGGGGAGCACGGCAGCGCCUUCGGUGGCCCGGAGCCCUUGGUGAGCCACAGCGGCGGAGCUGGUACCAACGGAAACGCCUUCCACGAACAGCCCUGUAAGGCCCAGCAGUACGGGAACUGCCUCGCCAGGCAGCCCGGCGCCCCCAGCUUGCUCGAUGCGGGGAUCCAGGCGGCGAAGCUGAGAAGCAGCAGCAUGCAAGGGAGCGGGGGCCAGCCGGAUUUUGGCCUGUUGGUGGCGCCGAAUGAGUCCGCUGGCAGCCCCGGGAACGGCAUGCCCACCCAAGACCCGGUGGGACAGGGGUACCUGGCGCAUCAGCUCCUUGGCGACAGCAUGCACCCCCAGGGGCCAGGCCGCCCCGCGCAGCACACGCUAGGGCAGGGUAGCGCUACCUCACACCUCCACGUCUACCAGGGGCCGGAGGGCGGCCUGCCCGGGCCCCCCAACAUCGGCGGCCAGCUGUCCGGCGUGGCAGGCAUCAGGGGCUACCAGCCGUGUGCCGGCUACGGGGGCAGCCGGCGCCAGGCUGGGCCGAGGGGCAGCCUGGCUCUGCCGCCGUCGGGACAGCUCAGUGACACGAGUCAGACCUGCAGGGUGAACGGCAUCAAGACGGAGAUGCCAGGGCCGUCCCACCCGCUCUGUUCCAACGUGCAGAGUUUCUCUGGUCAGUUCUAUGACCGCCCCGUUGGCUUCAGUCAGCAAGACACGAAAACGGGUUGCUUCUCCAUCUCCGAAGCCAACUGCCUGCUCCAGGGGGCCAGCGCCGAAACCUCCGAGUUACUCUCCCCAGGUGCUAACCAGGUGACAAGCACAGUUGACAGCCUCGACAGCCAGGACCUGGAAGGGGUGCAGAUUGAUUUCGAUGCCAUCCUCGAGGACGCGGACCACGCCAGCCUGAUGUCAGGGGCACUGAGCCCGAGCAUCAUCCAGAACCUUUCUCACAGCUCCUCCCGCCUCACGACCCCGCGCGCAGCCCUGCCGCUGCGCGCUGCCCGCCAGCACCACCAACAUGGCCAUUGGGGACAUGAGUUCGCUACUGACCUCCCUUGCAGAAGAGAGCAAAUUCCUUGCAGUUAUGCAGUAGGCGUUAGGAAACCAGGACCGCCCAGAGACCUGAGACUUUAGGAGUUUAAAAGAUGAAAUGGACCCUUUUUUAUUUUUAUUUUUUGCUAGUUUGUUGUUUUUUGGGUUUUGUUUUAGUUCUGUAUGUAUUUUAGCAAUCUCAUGUCACCUGACUGGGAUGUGUGUCAAGAAUAUUCCUUUUAUGGAAAAGGACUGAAAAAAAAAACAAAAACCCUAAAGUAUUCUAGGGAGAAACCGUCUUCCAUUUCAGUUUUGAAUCAGUAUUGUUACUCUCGAAACACCUUCUUUAAAAAAAAAAAAAACAAACUGUAAGCCCACUCCUCCCCCCAUUUUUUUAGUAAACCGCUGUCAAUGUGUGAUGUGCACGUCCUUUCUUUUCAGACAGAGGUCACAAGAAAGGAUUUGACGUGUUUCUCUGUGACUCCCGAGGCAUAGGAGUGGGUGGGAUUCUGACCCAGGGGUCCUCCUUCCGGCUCUUUACAGCUCCCUUCACGUCGGCUCAGCGUUUGUGCCGUGUUUCGUUUCUUUUGGUUUCCAUUCCCGUGUCAGGUACAGCAUCGGCCGUGGGUAGUGAGUUUGGGGACCAUUUCCGGAUGCGCACCGGAGCAUCGACCACAGGUUUUUGGAGAUGCUCCUUGGCCCCAGUUCCGUUCCGGUCCUCCUUCUGAGAGAUGUGCACCGACAUCUGGGGCUCUUGCAGAAUUGCUUUGCUCAUCGUAGGGGUGGAAAUUCUUCCUGUCGCUCGUGUGCUUCGGGCGGGGUCGUCUCUGUGGUUGGUUCUCGGUCAUCGACCCGGAGUCCCCGCCGGCUCUGUUUGUGAACGCCGGUGUGUUCCAGGGAGAGAGAGGAAGAGCACUGGGUGACACUCAGGGCUGUGGUCACUGUCAUCUGGUGAGAAGCAGACAGAGCUCAGAUUCCAGCUAUUGCGUAGAAGCGGUUUGGGGCGUAUUGGUGGGUUGGCUGCGUUUGCUGAUUCCUUCCAUCUACUGGCCCACUACCACGGAUAACUGAGAAUUGAUUGCUUACAGUUCUGAGUGUAUAGAGUAUACUUAACCCCACGGCCGGCUGUGUCAUUAACAUAUAUUAAUUCCACUCUAGUGAAAGAGUACGUCUACUCUAAGUGGCCCUGCUUUAGGGGAUUGAGAAAACUUAGCUGUAAAA